UCCUUCUACGUUUCCACCUCCUGUCAUUUCCCUACCUGUCUGAACUGGGCGUGUUUUUAUUUGUUCCUUCACUCCCGUUGGAACUUUUAUUCCCCGAUUCAUUCCGCUUGAAAAGAAACUUUCUAAUAAUAGCUUCUUGGCAGAAAACGUAUUUCAAGCCAUGCUCAAAGCUGCUGCGAUUGGGGAAACAUCAUGGCAGCUGUCUGUGCAGGUGGAUCAGAAAGAAGGGGACGAGUCCAUGAAAUUCAAACUCAGGGUGAAAGGUGACUUGCACAUCGGAGGGCUCAUGCUUAAGCUGGUGGAAAAAAUCAAGGCUCAACAGGACUGGUCUGAUCAUGCACUGUGGUGGGAACAGAGAAAAUGCUGGCUGCUCAAAACUCACUGGACAUUGGACAAAUAUGGGAUUCAGGCUGAUGCCGACCUGCGCUACACUCCUCAGCAUAAACCACUAUUGCUACAGCUGCCCAAUAUGAAAACCAUCAGAAUGACAGUCUGCUUCUCAAGUAUGGUCUUCAAGGCGGUUGAGGAGAUCUGCAGAGUUCUCAACAUUAGAAGAUCAGAGGAACUCUCUUUGCUUAAACCCCCCUAUGAUUCCGGUAAGAAGAAAAAGAAGAAAGACAAGAACUCAACCCAGGAAGACAUCUGGGACAUAUGGGACUCACUUAACUUGGGAAAGGGAGGGACAGGUCCCAUGUACAAUACGAUGACGGCAACCUAUGACCCAGAGAACGGAAUGCCCAUGUCUGCCACCAGCAUUUGGUUUGGAGAUAACCCCUUAGCUGAGGCUCAGCUAAACCUACCCCCGGCAGAGCUAAGCAAGCUUUACCAGCCGCAGUCACUUAUGGACAAAGCGACCAACAAUGCAGGGUGGCUGAACUCCUCUCGCUCACUCAUGGAGCAAGACAUUCAGGAUGACGACAAACUGUUACUACGCUUCAAGUACAAUGUCUUCUUUGAUCUCAACCCAAAAUACGACGGCGUCAGGAUAACCCAGCUGUACGAACAGGCCCGGUGGUCCAUCUUGCUAGAGGAGAUAGACUGCACAGACGAAGAAAUGCUGAUGUUUGCUUCCUUACAGUAUCACAUCUGCAAACUGACCACGUCAAGUGAGCCCAUGGACAACUCCAGCGAGCCAGAAAUCGACGAAGUAGAGGCUGCCUUGUCUAACCUGGAGGUGACCCUUGAAGGCGGCCACACUGACAAUAUCCUGGAGGACAUUACAGACAUUCCAGAGCUGGCAGACACCCUUCGGCUAUUGAGGCCCAAAAAGUUGACUCUACGGCCAUUCAAAGAGUACUGGUUUGUGUUCAAGGACACCAAUAUCUCUUAUUUUAAAAACAAGGAAGCCUCCAUCGGGGAACCAAUCGAGCAGUUUCACCUCCGAGGAUGUGAGGUGGUCCCAGACGUCAAUGUCACAGAGAAGAAGUUUGGCAUCAAGCUCCUGCUUCCAGUUGCGGAUGGGAUGAAUGAAGUGUAUAUCCGAUGUGAUAAUGAAACACAAUAUGCUAAGUGGAAAGCUGCAUGCAUUCUAGCAUCUAAAGGCAAGACGAUGGCCUACAGCUCCUACAAGUCUGAAGUGAGAAACAUCCUGUCUUUUUUGCAAAUGAAAAGCCUGGCGCCCCCUCCUGGUCAGGAAGCUCCGGACCUUGAUGCCAUGGAAAUGAAUGCUGAAUGUUUUGUUUCCCCUCGCUACACCAAAAAGCACAAGACCAAGCAGCUGACAGCACGGAUCCUGGAGGCCCACCAGAACAUAGCAAAGCUCUCUUUGGUUGAGGCCAAGAUGCGCUUUAUCCAGGCUUGGCAGUCACUGCCAGAGUUUGGCAUUAAGUACUACAUUGUCAGAUUCAAAGGUAGCAAGAAGGAUGAAAUUCUGGGGAUUUCAUAUAACCGAAUGAUUCGUAUCGACAUGUCCUCUAGCUUGCCUGUGACUACUUGGAGGUUUGCCAACAUGAAGCAAUGGAACGUCAACUGGGAAAUAAAACAAGUGACCAUAGAAUUUGACCAGAAUGUGAGCAUUGCCUUCUGCUGUGUGAGCUGCGACUGUAAAGUGGUCCAUGAGUUCAUCGGGGGUUAUAUCUUCCUAUCCACACGAUCGAAAGACCAAAAUGAAACACUAGAUGAAGAACUAUUCCUUAAACUUACUGGAGGCCAAGACUGACCAAGGAAAAACUUGACCCACCCCUUUUGUACUGAUGUUCUUGUCCGUAUUGUCUAAAACGACUGUUGCAAUGUUAACCAUAGGUGUAGAACAAAUCACUGUGGAGGAAAAUGAACAAUAGGGCUAUAUCAUGUUAACACAUUUUCCUUCACAGCCCCAUAUCCUGAUUUUAUCAUUUUUUUGCCAUUUAUACACAACAUAAUGACUCCAAUGUAAAUAUGUAGCAAGGAUUGUCUUUUUAAAACAUGGAUGAACUGAUAUGUAUGAUAAGGUUGCUGUUUUGAACAUCAAAUAGGUGUGUUUCCUCCAAUAAAGUGAGACGACAUUAAAAUCAAUGGAGGGAUUUCAAGUGAA